GGGACAAAAUGGCGGAAGAGCAAGUCUUGCAGAAUGUCAAUAUUAUUAGCAGUUAGUAGCUCGCCAGUCAAAAUUUGGGCGAGCUCGUUCGUUUGCUAUGUCGAUUAUUUGUGCUCAUCCAACCACUAGCCAUACAGUAUUCACGAUUGCUUUUCAUUAAAGCAGACGCCAUUAGGAAAUAUUCUUGAAACGGUUCGAUCCAUUUACGGCUUCUGCUUCCACUAAUCUGGAGCAAGCUACACUGAAGGCGGUUUGUUUUGGGAUUGAGAGAUAUUUGAUUUUUGAAGGAUGUCUCCUAUCCAGAUUCCCUCACUCAGAAGACUCCAGAUAGUGCACUUAGAUGAUGAUGGUGCUUGGGUGUUGUUUGAUGACUUCAUUGCUUUACUCAAGGAAAAUCAUUCCAAAGAUGACAAAAUCAGUGAAAUACGAAAGGACAACAUACUUAGUCGCUUCAGGAAGUGGGAGCAGGUCCCACUCCGCACAACUCCAGAUAAUAAACGGCAUAUUCAGCUUUCUGCAGUUCUUCAGCAUAUUUUUUACUGUGCAGAUUCCCUGGAUUUUUGUAGCAAGGUGGUGAAAGAAGUUACCCAGUAUAUCACCAAGGACCUGAAAAUUGUGCUAGAAAGAAAAGAGAAGGAAGCACUGCCCAAUGGGCAGGUGCAGUCAAGUCAGAACCUAGAGAGCAAGGUAAUGGGGGUAACAGUGGAGAAAAACAGACUGGAACUUGUGGUGUAGCAAGUAGCCCUGCAUUCAGCAUCAGUUCUGAGAGGGGAAUCUUGCAUUUGUACCAAAAAAUAGCCACCACCAGCAUUCACAAACCCAUGGUGGAGAGUGUCCUUUUGAAUGGACCCAGCAUGGAAUGUUACAAACUGCGUACUCUGGAGUCGAGGCUGAAGGAGUCGUUCGAUCCUAAAGGUUGGGAAAGCAUUAAAGUGUUUGAGUGGCAUUUUCAGCAUACCUUGAAAGGCAUUUCUAAUGAUCAGAUCUCUUCAGUAGAGAUACUUGAUAAAAAAUGGAAGUACUGGGAGGAGUGUACUGCUUGUGCAAACAGUGAGAAGUUUUUAGCAACCAUAUGCUCAACAGUGGCAAGGAUUGAUCGAAAGCGAGAGGAUACUAGGGAAGGUGCUUUACAAGAAUCCCCUCCUCAGCUUAUUCAUGGGCAGAAAACUCAUCUUCCUAGCCUUUUGCAUUCUUCUAUUGUGGUCAAUGCUCUUGGUAUGCGUGCAAGCAGCUUUCAGAUUGUGUAUACUGACUGUCAUGAUGCAAUAUGUCAUCACACUGAAGGCAUUCAUGUAUUUCUAGAAGUGUCACCUUUUGCCAGCAUCGAUGCUGCUUAUGCUCUGGAUGUUGUGCACAGCAUCAAGUCAGAAAUGGUGCACUCUCAUGGUGAAAUUUGUAGAGAAGUUACAGUUUUCACUUCUGGAACAUUCAGUGCAUUUAGGAACGAUGGAGAGGUGCAGAUUUUGAGACUGCGAGAAGCAGCCUUGCUAGGACACCUUGAUCAGUACAAGUUUGUCACUGAAAGAGAGGAAGACAUUGUCAUGGAAUGUGAAGAUCAGGGAUGUCCCACAUGUGGAGAAGCUGUUGAACAGUCUCAGCCAUUUGACUGGAAGUCACUGGAUAUUUUAUUUGAGUGGAAGUAUAGUGUUCCUCUGUAUUUUCAGAUAUUUCUGGAAAUGUUUCUAAAUAAGAGAAGCCUCAAGCAUUCAACAAAUGCAGAAAAGUAUGUUCGCAGUAAGCUUCUGAGGCUUUUUCAGUCUUUUCACUUACUGCUGAAUGUUCGAAACCGCCAUCACACCACUGUUCUUCAUGGCCUGUACUCCUCAAAGAUUUUAGGCACUCCUUUAGAAGAAUUGUUUGGAAGAAAACGUAGGAAAAAACAAAGGAAUGCAUUACAGAGAUGAUGGAUAUAAUGAUAUAACAUUGAAGAUUUUAUUUAUUGCUUAAACUCUUUAUAAAUAUUCAGGUGGCAUAAGGUAGUGAUUUGCAACUUUCAGAAUACCACAGAUGUAUAACAGGCUAUUUAAAAUAUGACAGUCAAUUAAAAGAUUCAGCCAGUUGAAAAAGAA